AUGUCUUUACGCAGAAUAUCCGGAUUAUAUGAAAAAAUUCGCUUGUCUUUAUUUCGACGAAAAAUUAGUGGUCCCGCACCUUUAUAUAAAACUCCUCUCAGAUAUAUUUGGUCUAUUUUUUUUUAUUUAGAUAUUUUCUUAAUAUAUAUUUUUGUUUUUUCUUUCUUUCUCUCUAUAAUUUUACACCAAGAAUGUUUUGAAAUAUUUUCCAUAAUAUUCUUUACUGCAACCAAUUUAGUUUUAAGCUUUUUAAUUGAUUUUUUCUUUUUAUUAAUAAAAGAUGAAGAAGUUGCGAGUGAAGAUGAAAUAAUCCUAUCUACCUUUUUAACAAUAUUGUUUUGUAUAGUUAAGAUAUGUAUUAAUGUUUACACAAUUUAUUUCUCCCUUAAAAAGUCGGAGAAAAUUAUCGAAUCAAUAGAUAUGAAUGUUAAGUUAAGAUGUCACACAUCUUUAGCAAAAGCGUUAUUACUAAAUUGCGUUAUCAUAAAUUCUUUUUCAUUUAUUGAAACAUACAUUGAAUCGAAUCUCACUUUUUUUACCAUUAUUCACUUUAAAUCACAAGUACAAACUUAUGAGACAAUUAUAUAG